CCGGCUGGCGAUCUGGGCUCCAGCCUGGACCUGGAGAGCAAAGGAAAGCUAAGAGAUGGAAUUCCCCAUUUCUUAGCAAAAGGGAGAAAGAAAGGAGGGCUGGAGGCCCUGAAGCAGCGUCCUUGUGCCAAUGCGUCUGACUUCAUCACAAGCAAGCCACAAUGGCAGCUCUGUGGAGCAUCUCUCCUUGUGGAUAAUCUUUACAGACAUUUUCCUGGGGAAGAUCCUGCACCUUCCCGGCCUCCACUGCGCAAUGGUCACAGAUGCUGUGGAAAAGGACCUUUCAGGGAAUCCAUUUCCAUCCUUUUCUCAAAGAUGGAUGUGAAUGGGCUUUGGGAUCCUGAGUGGAAUGUCAGCGUCACAAACAGGUCCUUGAUAGGGAUAUUUGAGCUGCUCGGCGAUGACGCCGCCUUGGUCUCGUCGGAUGUUUCGUUUGGCAUGAGAAUACUGAUCACCAUAGUCUACCUGUUGGUGUGUGCAGUGGGUCUCUUGGGAAACAGCCUCGUGAUGUACCUCAUUUGGAUCCAGAAGGAGAGGUCCACAGCAGCCAUUAAUAUCUUUGUCUUCGGCUUAGCGGCUGCUGACUUCCAGUUCUCCCUGAUGCUGCCUUUUUGGGCAACAGAGAUGGCCUUGGAUUUCAAGUGGCCCUUCGGCCAAGCCAUGUGCAAAGCAGUUCCUUCGCUGACUCUGUUGAGCAUCUACGCCAAUGUCUUCUUGCUCACGGCCAUGGGGGUCACCCGCUACUGGUCAGUAGUCUCGGCUAUCAAGGAUGGGUUAAGGAUGACACCUCGGGUGGCCAAAUGGAUCACUGCCACUAUUUGGGCCAUGGCGGUGGGGAUCACCAUACCGACUGCUGUCUAUGCCAGAGUGGUAAGCGUUGCCGGGGUGGAAUUAUGCCUCUUCCAAUUCCCCAGCCCGUAUCACUUGGGAAUCUACCAGCUCCAGAGAGUAGUGUUCACCUUUGCCAUCCCCUUGGUGGUCAUCUUGACUUCCUACCUCCUCCUCCUCCGGUUCCUCAGAAUCCACCACAUUACCAGCCACAGCCUAACGCGGCAUAACCAGGUUGCCUCCACUGUCCGCCUUGUGGUCGGCUGCUUCUUCAUCUGCUGGUUCCCUAACCACGUGGUCACUGUCUGGGGCAUUCUGGUGAAAUUCAAGGCUCUGCCCAUGGAUUACACCUUUCACUAUCUCCACGCGUAUGUCUUCCCCCUGACCACAUGCUUGGCUCAUGCCAAUAGCUGCCUCAACCCCAUCCUCUACUGCUUGAUCCGCCAUGAGUUCCAAGAAGCGAUGAAGGAUACCUUUCGCAGGCUGUCCUCCAUCGUUUCGUACCAGUCUUUCUCUUCCCGCAAGAUCUGGGAGGGGGGUGCGCUGGUGGGUCUCCCUCUUGGCUCCUUGAAUGUUCCCGGCAAUCCUCAAAGGGGAGCAAAGGAAGAUACCGUCCUCUCUACCAUCUUGGAACCAGAAAAGUAAGACUCUGCUGCCAGAGGACUAGGGGUGGGGAUCAUCUGGACCUUGAGGAAGAUGCUUCAGACCUGACCCCAAAUUCCAUGAUCGUAGUUCCAGUCAGGGCUUUAUCAAAUUGAGGAUCUGUGCAACUCAGGACAUGCAUUCACAGUUGAAACUCAGCCUCAGCAACUUUAACGGCACAAGAAAAUUCCUUGACUAUAUCCAGUUGCAUUGCUUUCUCCAGUGACCCAUUGCAUCAUCUUCUACCUGACAUCUAGAAUUAAGAGGAAAAGAGGUUUCCAACUAGAGAACAGGAUUUCGAGAUAGUUUUGUGGCCCUGCCCCUGAUGGUUUGAAGAGACCGAAGUGGAGGUCUGGAGCAUGAUCUGAGCUUAUCCUUGACCUUCUGCACUGCUCUAAGUUGUAAUGUGAUUGGUUUGGUUUUUAUUUAGCAAUUGUGUAAUCUGUCAUUGUGGUUUGUCAACCAUGGUUGGGUACAUACCAUGGAAUGGGGAUCUGUCUAUUGUGGUUUAAUCAAUAAAUGAUGGUUUUAGCAUUAGAGCCAAA